AUGCCAUCCACCCCAGACAAAAUCAUCAUGGUGCCCCCGGCAACUUCGGCACUCCAAGCGGCAUCGGUCACCCCAACUCCAAUUUCCACGCUCCUACCAGUUACCCGAGUAGAUAUCAUCCUGGCACGCAAUUCCACCCUCCGACUGGCUCCCACAGCGGGAUUGGUCCUGCUCCCCUUUUCUCCACAGGUGAUUGGUUCUGGUACCUGGGAAAACCAAACCAGUAUCAGUAGCGGCAGGAAAACGGUUUGUGGCACAAGGAGGGCAGUGGUCAUCAACGGCAAGAUCAAACCCGCUUGGGUAACCAGUAGCUGCAGGGAAACGUUUAGCAGGACCAAUCCCGCUGUCGGAGCCACUUGGAGGGUGGAAUUGUGUGCCAGGAUGAUAUCCACUCAGGCAACUGGUAGGAGCGUGGAAAUUGGAGCUGGGGUGACCAAUGCCGCUUGGAGUGCCGAAGUUGCCAGGGGCACCAUGAUGAUUUUGUCUGGGGUGGAUGGCAUUGUUCAGUUGGCUGGGGCUCACUAA